AUGUAUAGACCUCAACUGAAAAUGAUCCAUGUUGAAGUUGUAUCACAUGAUAAGACUCAUAUAUUCCGUGGUAAUGAAAUUCUUACAUUCACUAUUGAUGAUAUGAGUCGUCCUGACCGCCCAAUUAGUAAAAAUGUAAUGUAUCUCCAACCCGGUCAACAAUUUCCAAUUCGAUUUUAUAUUCUUUAUGAUGACUCCCGCGCAUACAAUGACUGGUUUUACAGAUUAAAUUCUCCUUUAGUCGUUAACGUACAAAUUAAGCAAAAUGGUCGAUUACUCUAUGUAAACAGCUAUAUGGUACCACUUGAUUAUUAUAUUCAAAUAACUGCUAGUAAAGUUGUACGAUAUGUUAAUGAAUACGAAGUCCCUUCAUACACGUGCAUAUUACAAACCGGACAUCGUCACUAUUAUUAUUGA